GCGGUAACGCUGUAUGGGAAAGAACGUGUUUCUGUACAGUUAUUCGACUCGUAUGCGAUCUUUUUCGCGCAAAUUUCGAAAACAAUUGUGUAUGUUUGAAUGAAUUUUGAUUACAGUUCGAAUAAACUGAUAUUUAAUUGUGUAAAUAACGUGUUUUAGUGGUAUUCUUAAAACUGGAUUGUUAGUGAUAAAUUUUUCUUACCUAAGGUAAUUCAACUUGUAUAAUUAAAUUAUCAAGUUCAACGACGCGGGUAACAGAUAACCAAACCGAAAAUUCAGGUUAAUUGAAGAUUGCAAGCAUGAGUUGUCGAAGGUGAAACUGAGCAAACUACCACUGUUGGAUAACAUAUUAAUAUGGCAGAAGAAAAAAAGAAAGAUGGAAGUGCACUGUUAGCAAAGAAGAAAAAAGUAAAGCCAAGGAAAUCAAGAGAUGCGGACUGCUGCAGCGUCAAUUUUCUUAAAUGCGUUCUACAUAUCUUCAAUGUGGUGUUUUUGUUUGCAGGUGCGGGCGUACUCGGAGUCGGGGCGUGGACGGUAGCAUAUCGACACAGAUACGUGACGUUACUGCCUACCCCGACCUACCCUGCUAUCGCGUAUCUCUUGAUCAUAGCAGGGGCGAUUGGGGUGCCCCUGUCCGCCCUCGGAUGCUGCGGACUCAAGACUGAGAAUAGAACCAGCUUGUUAUGUUACACAUACUUCCUGUUGAUAUCGUUUAUCCUGGAGGCGGGGGCGGGCGGGCUGGCCUACUACUACGAGGUGGCGGUGGAGGAUGAACUCCACGCGGAACUGAACGACACCUUCCUCACCAACUACGCGCUUGACAACGCAGUCACAAACGCCGUGGACAGCAUGCAGACAGAGUUCAAAUGCUGCGGUGCGCUCCGGUAUGAAGACUGGCGUAAAAGUCGCUGGCACGAACACGACCCUCGGCUGUUGGUGCCCGACUCGUGCUGCAAGACCAUCACACUGCGCUGCGGGACCAGGGACCAUCCAUCCAACAUUUACUAUCAUGGCUGCAUACGACAAUUCACCAACCACAUACGAGACCACCUCAUAAUCCUGGCCGCAGUCGGCGUCGGGAUGUCGGUCAUACCCAUCUUCGGUUUCCUAUUCUCAUGCGUGCUGUACGUGAAGAUAAAGCACGUGAUAGACUGACCUCGGCCCGCGGCGUCCAAUACCCGCAAGGUGUUCGACAAGGGCUCGGCGACGGAGCUGCCGCGGGCGCGGGGGCCGGGGGCGCGGGCCCACGCCGCGCGGGGGGCGGGGGGCACGGCGCCCGUCACGUCACGGCACAAGCGCAGCCUGCGCCGGCCCUGCCCGCUGCACCCGCGCGACGCCCCCGCCACUAUAUCAACCAUCAGUGACAAUGUUAGCAUAUAGAUUGGCGUUUAGUCAUUAGUGUUUACGAGCUGUUGCGAUUCUUAUAUACAGGGUGGUUCUGAAAGUGGGUAUGAUUGGGAAGCUAUAUACGAAAGCUAAAAUUUUACAAAAUUUCCCUUUACUGGUAGAUUUCAAAUCGGUCUAGCUGUAUAUGGCUUUAAUGUUAGAUCCACUUUUGGUAGCAUCCUGUAGACGUAAAAUAACCUCAAUAUUCGUGAAAACAAAGCCAAUCGUUCGUUUGAAAUUAUAAAAAAAAGUGCAUUAAGGACUUGGCAGAUGGUUUUCUUAAUCGUUUGUCGAUAACCAAUUAUGUCGAUCGUGUGUAACAAGUCACAUAAAAUGGGGACGUACAUAAGGUCGCUAUUUAUAUAUAAAAAAAAAGACCGCAUUAGUAACCAACGAAUAUCACUAUGAAUCUCGUUAAAUUAGCGUCGGCGUAAUUUCAUUUAAUGUGUUCAUCGAAUGUUGCAUUAUUGUAUAGAUUUUAAUAAUGUUCCAUUGUAACAUGAGUAGCAACCGUGACCGAAUUUAUAUCGAAAAUGUAUCUAAGACAUUUGGAAAUAAUUAAACGUUACUGUAAAUUUGUAGGAUACGAUGGGGUCAUUUGUGAUUUCUUUUUAUUUCAACUGUAAAUUUAUUCGUCAAAUUAUAAUCAAUCAUGGCUAAAUAUUUUAAACAAUGAAUCUUUCUGUGUUUAUUUCAAAUAUUUCAACUGUAAUUUUAUUCGGCAGAUUGUCGAUCAUAGUUUACCCUCUUAUUCAUAGACGUUUUUUAUCUAAGGACGGAGUAAAGCUGUGAUAACAAGUCUGUUUCUCAGUGCUGACGGCAUGGCAGCCUUCGCAGUGCGUAGCGAUAGGGCCGUUGUGAUUGGCUAAUGUUGUUGUAUCUCAAUAUUUUUAAAUAUUUCAACUACUUAUAAUUUUAUUCAUCCAAUUGUCGAUCAUGGCUAAAUGUUUUAAACAGUGAAAUGACUCCAAUAAGUAUAUGGUGCUAUAGAUAUUUUUUUAGCUGUACAGAAGUUAAUACAUAGAAAAAAGUUACAAUUGGCGUAAAUUCAAACAAUCUGUACAGAAGUGUCAAUAAAUUGAAAAAAAAAAGUUUGUUCCAUUACAUAGUCUCUAAAAUAUAAAGUAGUAUAGUUAUUUUUAUUACACGCACUGAAUAACGAAGAAAUUUUAUUUAGUAAAUUAUUUUAUACAAAAACAGUACUCAUCUGUCAAAAUAGAGUCUAGAAUGAUUAAAAAAUAAUGUUUAAAAAGUGGGCGCCCAGCAGUAUGUGGCUGUCUCUCUCGCACAAUCGCACUGUAAUAACGGUGACGUCACAGAAUAAGUUGUACAUCUUUUCCUAUUUAUCGCUUAGACCCGUCACCAGAUUUUAAAUAUAUUUUAUAUUUUUUAAAAUAACUUAUAAAAAAACAAUAAUUUAAAAUUCGAUACAUGAUAUUGCUGUUAUACUUUAAUGUCAGUGCGUGUACUAUGAUUACAAUAAUUUAGUUUUAAUUAUAUUAAACUAUAUUUUGUAAAAACUUAGAUAACUAAUCCGUAUUUAACCAAAUAUUUAAAUGUAAGGAUGAAAUGUGCCUUAUACAUAAUAAGAUAGUAAAUGUCUAUAUCUAUAGAAAUCCAGAUGAGUGCAUGUAUCAAUAUAAUAUAAACUAUCGUGUUGAUUAACAGACUAAACCAUAUUUUUAUUCUAAAUCGUUGUUUUUUAUUGUUUUAUUGUUUACAACUGCACAAGACAAAAUAAAUACCUUUGUAUUUUUAUUUAUGCUGUCAUUUAUUUUUAUAAAUGCUUUGAGUACAAACAUGUUUUACUGACGGGUACUUAAUGCUUUUAUAUUAUUGCUAUCUCUUAAUUUAAUUUUAAAUUACGUUAAGUUUUUUUACGUAACUUUUUAUUUACUGGCAAUAUAUUCAAACUCAAUCAUUUUUAUUGCACGGGUUAUACUUAAUGAUUUCUUAUAUUUACGCGAAUGUUAGACAUUGAAAUUAAACUAAUUAUAUUUGCAAUUUUCGCGUUAUACUUGCAAUUUUCGCGUAAUGUAUAUCUAGUUUUCAAGAUCAACAUUACCGUAUUUUAGAAUUGCUACCCAUAACUCUGCAAGUUUCAAAAAUAAUAAUUCCCCAUAUAAGUUCAAUUGUUUUUACAAACUAGUAUACUUCGUGGUUCUGAAACAGCGCCUCACUUUACUUACACAUAAUAGCUCGUAUUCACAAACGUUACUUACCUAAGUACGGAGCAAUGCUAUGAUAAGUUUGUUUCUCAGUGCUUCCGGCCUGACUGUGAUUGGCUAAUACUGAAAUACAAUUUUACUUUAGGAAACGUGAGUAAAACCGUGUUAUUUUCGAAUACUAAUUUAAUAUGUCUCGCGUAAGUUUUAACAAUUUUACUUUUUACCGAAGUAAUGUGACUACCUCGGUGGUGUAGUUGUUAUGUGUACAUUGUACGAGUGCGACUAUGGUGCUGAAGUCCUGGAUUUGAAUCCCGGGUCGGGCCAUAAAUAACUGUGACUGGGUUUUUCCAUCUUAAAAAUUACCCAGUCGCAGCUCUGAGUCAGGAAGUUGGCGGUGUGAUACCUACAUACCUCGGAAAGCAUGUAAAACCGUUGGCCCUGUGCCUAUUCUCUCUCCGUUCAUGUCGGAUUGCCGUCUCACCGGAUUAUGAGAGUGAAGAAACAGAGUGCACCUGUGUAUUGCUCACACACUUAUGCACUAUAAUAUCUCCUGCGUACCUGACUGAUCUCCGCUGAGACUGGCCCCCGUGACCGAAAUUCGGCUAGGAGGGAUCCAUUCAAUGUUUGUGAAAACGAGCCCAAUUCAGUUAUAAUUCAUUAUUACAUUGUACCUAUUUGUCUUUCGCAUUUGUUAUCUAUUGAACUAAUACUAAUUGCUUUUUUAUUAUGCAUCCAAUUAUUCAUUUUUAAAACCUAAGGACAAAUCACCACUAAUAUCUGCUUACAUUGAAUCUCACGCAUAUCUGAAAAGUACAAUUAAAAACAAAAGUCAUAUUAUUUUAGGGACUGUAAUAAAAUAUCGAAUGUCGGAGAAGUUACAAGAGAUCCGAAUUUUAUUACGAAAUAUGGAAUUGAACAUUGGACUUUUCUUAUUAAUUGUACUCCACAACGCAUAAGCUAAAACCAAAGCGAAUGUCAACCAUUUCAAUACGUGUACUGUUGAAUUUGUCUUAGAUUUAUAAUUCUUGUUAUUUAAUACAAAUUAACAAAA